AUGGGCCCGCGAGUACUGCCAGUCGAUGGUUUUGUGGUGUACAAAAAUCCAGACGAACAGCGGCACGAGUUCGCAGACCAGGCAGUCAAGUUCAGCAGCGCGUAUCUGUCACCAGAAACAGCAUGUUUUCGUCUCACUUUUACCAUCUUGGGUGGCGAGCACAACAAAAUUGUCAUAUAUAUGCAAAUUACGCCUGACAUCCUCGACUCGUUCCGCCAUGAGACUUGCGAAUUGAAGAAUCGUGACCUACCUCACCUAGGCAACGUGCGGAGGCGGCUGGGCCGCAAGGCUGGCAGGGGCGACCUAACUCACUUUCGAUUUAACUUGCGCAAUGGCGUCCACGUACAGCGCAUCGUACCCAACGACUUUCCCGACUACGAAGCUCUUGACGACCCGGCUCGGCAUGUCCUUGACAUUGUUUCAUCGGUCGCCGCCUCUCCAUCAUUCUCCUUAUACAUUCCGGCCAAUCAAGUACUGCGGUCUGUGCUUGACAGUUGCGUUGAAGCUGCUGAGCGAUGUUCGGUGUUAACAGAGAAAGAGCUACAGUCGUAUCUGCGAGCGGUUGACUUGCAGAGGCUGUAUGGUGGCAAAGGUGGCAGGGUACUUGCCGUACGUGAUGACGACGCUGCCGUAGAUCGUGAUCUCGCCAUCGACGACCAUGAUAGUACCUCUCAGCUGGAGACCGAUUCGUGCGCGACAUUGGGUUUCGACGUUGUCCCGCGUGAUCAGGACUCUCCCCCGCGGUAUGACGAGCGCUCCACCGACGUGAAGAAGCCCAUGGCGAAGCUGGCCGACACGGUCAACGUCGUCGAAAGCUCCGUUAUUGGCUGUCCGCCGCCGGAGUAUGGUGACAUCGAACAGGCUCGCGGCACGCCGAUGGCUCUCAAGCGCGUGCGCCAAUGGGUGGAUGAGGAUGGGUCUCCG